AUGGGAAUUGAAUUAUUAUUCGAUCGGAGCUUCAUGGCGUCGGCCAAAGAGUGGAAGAAGAUUAAAAAGAGAAUCAACUAUGGCUUCAUUUUGCAUGACAAUCCAGUAGUUGCUAAAAGACGAAAUGCGUCUACCCCUGCAGAAGUCCAUUUCCCGCCUGAUCCGAGAAAACCAAAGCGAAGAUCCUUUUCCCUGGGAGCGUGGAAGUUCAGCUUGGUGAGAAAGGACAAAGAAAAGGAAGAACUUGGCGCGAGGGAGAGACCAAAAGCGCUGUGGAAAAAUGCUGGGGCUAAAGUGAUUACUGCUAACAAAGUUAUCCAAGCAAUAAGGCCAGAUUUGAAACGGGUCGAAGAGGGGGACGAAGAUGUUUUUGAUUCAAAUGUAAGAUUCCAAGAAAAUCUUAAUCAAGAAGAUGAUUUACUGCGAAUAAUGCUGGAAGAUUGCGACUUGGAAUCUGAAGCUGACCCAACAGAAGAUCCUUUCUACGACGAAUUUCUUUAA